GCGCACUAGCAGCCUUCCGUGCUGCGUGCGGUUACCUCUUGGAGAAAUAGUUUUUCUCUAGUUUUUCGCUUUUUCUUCUCUGUGAAAUGGGGUAAAGGCACAAGCCUGGGCUGUUGCAGGACCCCCAGCUCUUGAACAAUAUCUGAAACUGGUUAGAUUAGCUAUAAAUAUUUGCUGAGUGAACGGAACAAGCAGCCUGAUGUGGCGACUUUAGUCUCAGCCCUCGCUCCCAGUCCAGAGUCCCACUUGGACCUUCGCUCCUAGUCGGUUGCUAACGCACAGACCCAUCAAAGCAUCCCUGUCAUGGCAGAAAAGUGAAGAAGAUAGGUGAAAAGACAGGAGACCUGAUGAAUGUCCCUGUCCCUCCAGAGUCCCUGAAGCACCAGUGAAGGGAGAGGGCCUGGCGAGACAGCAUGUACAGGAUCCCAAAGAUGGCGACCUGCCAGCCUGGACUGCCAGUGAAGGCCAGAAUCGUGCUGUAGCUCUGAACCCACAGCUCCUCUGCCCCUGGCCCAUAAGAAUUUCAGCUGGAGAGACAGCAUGCCCUGGUAAGUGAAGUCCUGCCACUUCGAGACAUGGAAUCAUCUUUCUCAUUUGGAGUGAUCCUUGCUGUCCUGGCCUCCCUCAUCAUUGCUACUAACACACUAGUGGCUGUGGCUGUGCUGCUGUUGAUCCACAAGAAUGAUGGUGUCAAUCUCUGCUUCACCUUGAAUCUGGCUGUGGCUGACACCUUGAUUGGUGUGGCCAUCUCUGGCCUACUCACAGACCAGCUCUCCAGCCCUUCUCGGCCCACACAGAAGACCCUGUGCAGCCUGCGGAUGGCAUUUGUCACUUCCUCCGCAGCUGCCUCUGUCCUCACGGUCAUGCUGAUCACCUUUGACAGAUACCUUGCCAUCAAGCAGCCCUUCCGCUACUUGAAGAUCAUGAGUGGGUUCGUGGCCGGGGCCUGCAUUGCCGGGCUGUGGUUAGUGUCUUACCUCAUUGGCUUCCUCCCACUCGGAAUCCCCAUGUUCCAGCAGACUGCCUACAAAGGGCAGUGCAGCUUCUUUGCUGUAUUUCACCCUCACUUCGUGCUGACCCUCUCCUGCAUUGGCUUCUUCCCAGCCAUGCUCCUCUUUGUCUUCUUCUACUGCGACAUGCUCAAGAUUGCCUCCAUGCACAGCCAGCAGAUCCGAAAGAUGGAACAUGCAGGAGCCAUGGCUGGAGGUUAUCGACCCCCACGGACUCCCAGCGACUUCAAAGCUCUCCGUACUGUGUCUGUUCUCAUUGGGAGCUUCGCUCUAUCCUGGACCCCCUUCCUUAUCACUGGCAUUGUGCAGGUGGCCUGCCAGGAGUGUCAUCUCUACCUAGUGCUGGAACGGUACCUGUGGCUGCUCGGCGUGGGCAACUCCCUGCUCAACCCACUCAUCUAUGCCUAUUGGCAGAAGGAGGUGCGACUGCAGCUCUACCACAUGGCCCUAGGAGUGAAGAAGGUGCUCACCUCAUUCCUCCUCUUUCUCUCGGCCAGGAAUGGUGGCCCAGAGAGGCCCAGGGAAAGUUCCUGUCACAUCGUCACUAUCUCCAGCUCAGAGUUUGAUGGCUAAGACGUCGCUUUGCUUACCAGUCUGGCCCAGAGGAGAAACAUGCUUGCUUUCACCAUAGCAAGCAUCGCGUUCCUACAACUGAAGAACUUUUUGACUCUCAAGUGGAUGAUGGAACCCAAUAUGCCUUGAAAUGCUGAGCAUCCAGCAAGUACCAGGCCAGCAAUAAGGCACAUUCUUGGAUUGUAUUGUGAGUUACUGGGAACUAGGUAAAAUACAAAUAACUGGAUUUUGGACAAAAUUGAAAGCAGGCUCAAACCAAUGCCCUCCUUACUGGUGGUUCAAAGCUUAAAUCCUGGCCUUGCUACAAAGGACUGAUCUUGCCAAGAUAAUAUAAGCAAAGUGGAAUGAAAAUUAAACUUAAUUCUGAAGCCAAGGUCCUUUUAGAAAAAAAAAAAAGUAAAUUAGCCUGAUUUAAUCAUUCCACAUUUUAAACAUAUAUCAACAUCACAUUGUACCCCAUGUAAUAUAUACAAUUAUUUGUCAAUUAAAAAUAAAAAAUAUAUAUAUUUUUAAGUACAGAAAUCAGGAGGGGAGGGGAGGCCAGGUGAUCAGUGUGUUAUUAGGUUCAAUCUAAGAAACUCUGCUACCCCUGGGAGUCAGUAUGUGCGGUGGAAAAAUCACAGGUCUUGAAAUCCAACAGACCAGUGUUCAAAUGAUAAUUCAGUCAUUUAAAUUCUCAAACUAGAUCUCUCAUUCAUCAAACUGGGGUAAUAAUGCCUACUUUACAUGGUUAUAUUGAAGAUUAACUCAGAUAAUGUAUAUGUAAAUAUCUAGUAAACUACAGCACAUUGUUAGUGCU